AUGGCUCGAGAUAAGUGGCUUGCUGCUUGCGGAGUGAACGCCGACCUCUGCCAGAACGGCGGGUUUUAUGGAAAAAGCUGCGCUUGUGUGUGUCCCUCGGGCACCUCAGGGGCCAACUGUCAGACAGUGACAGGAGACUACUACGACGACUUGACGAAUCCCUGCACUGAGAAAGUAACUCAGGAAGGCCUCCUCACCUCGCCGGGCUAUCCAAGCAACUACCCAAAUAUCCAGUGCGUCAAGUGGAUUGCAGCUCCCGUGUGCCACGUGCCCCGAGUGACCUUCUCAGACUUUUACCUGUACGAAAAGAAUCCCUACUGCGGCUCGACUACAGAGACGUGCUGCUACUUUGAUGGUCUGGAGAUCAGAACCGACAACUUGUACAACGGUGAAGUGUAUUGUGGCACGGACAUCACUGCAGGCCAGACCUUCACCGGAACCGGUCAAGAGAUGAUUUUAUACUUCAGGGCGAUAAGUAAUAAUCUUCGCAGGGGAUGGUCUGCCCAACUCACCUUUGUGCCGCAACCGGGAUGCACACGAGAUCCAUGUUGACGCUGAAACUGGAAACGUUCACGCUGCAGGGAGAGGUGAGAAGAUGUGUGGACGGCGUCAAGUUAACAUUCUUGUACAAUCGAACGACAACGCUCCUUCUGGAAGUCGCGUGAAGGUCGAUGAAGUUACAUCAAGGAUUCUAGGGACAAGGAACUGUGAAAGUGACUGGCUUUUGCUGAACGGAAGGAGUGAGAAGAUGUACCCGUCAGACACCAGCUUAAUUAUCUGCGGCAAGAGGGUAGUGUCUUCACCUCUGACAUCCAAGACCAAUGAGAUGUACGCAGCUUAUCAAGGCACCAGCAGCAGCAGCCGCGGUGUCACUAUCAAGUAUACCGUCAUCUAAGUCAAACGUUCCUGGAUUUUCUCGCUCACUCCGUGGACGAUGCAAUCACUACUCCAAUGUAUCUGUACGGGCACGAAUUCAUUAUUACACCUGCAAUCCUUUCAGUUUGCCUCUUGCCCACGAUGUUUCUUUGUUUAAAAUCAUAUCACUGGUGAGCCAAGUCAGCUGAUAUAACUUAAACGAGGAACAGAUUUAGUAGCAUCCUUGUAGUGAUCUACAAUAACCGCCCCAGGAAAAUAAAUAUAUGCAGCAGCUUCAUGUAUCAUUCAU